AUGGCUCUUGCUGCUGGAUUUGAGGAUGCUCAAGUGGUUUAUGGUUAUUUAAAAGGUUAUUAUCAGGAUACUACGGCCUCAGCAUCUAAAAGCAAGUUGCCCAUUAAUCAUGCUUGGUGUUCGGUUAAUAUCGAAGGUGAAUACCGCAUGAUUGACUGUUGGCUUGCAUCGCCUUUCUAUCCUCAUAAUGAAAACAAGUUGGAAUCUCACUGGUUUCUGACAAGACCAAUCGAUAUGAUCAUGACACAUUUGCCUAAAAAGCCACUGAACCAGUUCCUAGAUCCACCUGUUUCUCCUGCUGCAUUUUUUGCAUUACCCUAUGUCCGAAACCCAUUCUUUUGGCAUCGUAUUCAAAUACUCAAGUAUCAUAUGGAGCCAGAAGGCGAAGGCAUUUUUUAUGUAAGUCUCAAAAUGGACUCCACAAACACAAGUUGUUAUGCAGAAACAGAAGGUCAGGACGGAACCACCUUAAGAGGACUUGCACAAUGUCUGACCGAUGACCAAGACAACCAAAUAUGCAAAAUUAAGGCUGUUUUGCCUCCUCAGCAGACAUCAGGCUGGCUCAAGGUUUAUGCGGGCCAAAAACCUAUUCCUAUCCAUACAAACCAUCAUCAUCAAGAAGUUGUCAACAAAACGCACUAUCCUCUAGCCCUCUGUAUACGCAUUUCCUAUCAACAGCCACGGCAAGAAGCAUUUCAUUUUGUUCAACUCUAUGUAGAUCAAAACGAGUUUUAUAUUCAAGAGCCUCAAUGUCAUCAAUUGUAUCCUCUACAGACAUAUCAUUUCUGCAUUAAAGCCAGUCGAAUUGCGUACCGAGCAACACACCAUAAACUAGCUUUAAAAAGUCCAAGUGGAAAACUAAUGAAGCUGAUGUACUCGCCACAAGAUCAAACAUAUGAUGGUAUGGUCACCAUAUCUGAAGCCGGUAAAUGGUCCCUUAUUUGUUUACUGCAUCAAACAGGAGGGUCCUAUACUGUGGCCAGUUGGUUAUGUAAGAUCAAUAAAGUUUUUCAUUGA